CUAGCAAAAAAAAAAAAAACCUACACGUUCGGAGGGAUUUCCUGUGGUGUUGCUGAGCUGCACAAAAAUUGCGAAGGCUUCAUCUAAGGGCGUCUCGGUGUGUUUGUUUUUUGCUGAUUUAAUGUCUUAGUAAAGAGACGUUUACUGUGCGUGAUCUAGACUACAUCCAGAAGUAGCUAGUUAGCCAGUAAUAAUGACGUCUGAAGCCACUGUGGCCGAUACUCGCCGGUUAAACUCCAAACCGCAGGACCUGACGGACGCUUACGGACCUCCGAGUAAUUUUCUGGAAAUUGACGUCUACGAUCCUCAAACUAUCGGAGUUGGACGGAAUCGGUUCACCACUUACGAAGUCCGGAUGCGGACCAACCUUCCCAUUUUCAAGUUGAAAGAUUCUUGUGUACGAAGAAGGUACAGCGACUUUGAGUGGCUGAAAAAUGAGCUGGAAAGAGACAGUAAGAUUGUUGUGCCUCCUCUGCCUGGGAAAGCACUGAAGAGACAGCUCCCUUUCCGUGGAGACGAGGGAAUAUUUGAGGAGUCAUUCAUUGAAGAAAGGAGAGUCGGACUUGAACAGUUCAUCAACAGAAUUGCUGGUCAUCCCUUGGCUCAGAACGAGCGCUGUCUUCACAUGUUCCUGCAGGAGGAGAGCAUCGAUCGCAACUACGUCCCUGGAAAAGUAUGAAUGAAAUGCUACAGUAAGACUAAGGCGCCUCCUCCGCUCAGAAGACUGCCUCAUCUCUGUGCUCAUACUUGCCUAGCACGCUUACUCAGGUGCUCUUAAAGACAACACUGAAUCCAGUUAAAAAACAACAACAAAAAAACAGUACUUAAUUGUUUUGCUGUCCAGGCUUUAAUUACUUUAAAAAAAAUUCUUAGUGUUAAAUCAUAUAGAGGCCCAGCUAUAAUGACUUGAAUAGUGUAUCUGCACGAGUAUCUCUCAAUGCAUGAAUGAUUUUUUUCUUGAAGUGCCAGAUGUCAUGUUAAUUCACAUUUAGGAAAAUUCUGUAACAAGUAGCCGAGUCCCUGGAGUCUCUGUCUUCGCCCGAGUAAUGAACAUAAGCAUCCAGUAAGCCUCAUUUGCCACAUAAUUCAGAAUGAUGCAUAAAAUGUGUUCAAAAUGUAGCAAGGCAGACGUGAGGAGCGAAAUUGGGACCACGCACCGUUCUUGUUCAACAUUCCAUGGUUCAUUUAUGUACCUUCUGAUCAAUUACAUAUGUUUUUAUAUCAAAGCGGAGUGUGUUACAGCUUUGUUUUCUUGGCUUCUCUAUGUGUUGGUCUUGGAUUACUGCACUUGAGACUGUACACCUUCAAUCACAAUGAAAAUCACUGCAGUCCCUCUGACAUGCUUAUCAAGAUUAUUUUUUUUUUAUAUAUAUAUAUCUUUAUAAUGUUGCUGAUUUCCACCUAUAUACAUUUAGUUUGUAAAAGUGUAGUGUUUCUUCAUUUUUCAUGAAUUGUCCUGUCAUUACUUCCCCUCAAAUUAAAAACCCUCUGCCUGCUUUACUCCAA